AUGGCAACAAUGGCCAUCGCCCCAGACUAUGGCUACGUCCUCCUCGCCGCAACCUCGACCUUCAUCGUCAACAUCCUGCAUAUGCUCAACACAGGCGCCUACCGCAAAGCAGCAAAGAUAUCCUAUCCAGCCGCAUACGCACCCUCCUCACGCACUGAUGCCGACGCACACAGAUUCAAUUGCGCCCAAAGAGCCCACGCCAACUACAUCGAAAACCAAGUCUCGACCCUCGGCGCCCUCUUCAUAGCCGGCUUGAGCUACCCCCGCGUGGCGGCUGGUAUGGGCCUUGGCUGGAGCGCGUGUGGGCUUGAUUGGCAUGGCGGGGUGGACUGGGGUGGCGACUAUUUUGGGGUGGUAGAUAUGGAGAUGGGAAUGGUGAGUAGUUGA